AUGUCGCGCUACGCGAUUCCCGAGAUGAGAAAGCAAGGGCGAGGUUCCAUCAUCAACAUCUCUUCUGUCAGUGGCUUGCUCGGAGGUAACCCCAGUCUGCUCUACCCUACUACCAAAGGUGCCAUCAUUCAGAUGACCAGAGCCAUGGCUGCUCAACAUGGCUCGGAGAAUAUUCGUGUCAACUGCAUUGCUCCGGGCAUGGUUUACACACCUAUGGUCCGAGGUCGUGGCAUGACCGAGGAAACAAGACAAGCUCGGAUCGACCAGAACUUGAUGAAGAAAGAAGACUACCGCUGGCAGAUCAGAUAG